CUUUCACAUCCAUUUGUUCAAGUCAGGUGGAGGGGCUCUCUCUAGUCAUUUAGCAAGGCUGUCAGCGAUUCAGCCAGCCCAACUCUCUUGAAAGUGCCUGCCUUUAUUCUGCACACAAAAGGAAGCAUGUACGCCAACCUCUCUCGCUUUCUACAGGCUUCCUGAAGAGAGCUCUGCACAUUCCAGCUGCAUCACCAGUACCUUCAGUGCAGCAGAGUCUGAGAUUCUCCUUCUCCACCAGGCUUUCGAGCCAUCGGGGGAAAGCGAGGGGCAUCCCGAUGAGGCGUAGUGCUGUGCCAGAGCUGACAAAGGGCUAGAUGGAUAUCCUUGGUCUUCUGAGACUUGCCUGUGAUUAGAUGUUCCUUGAGCUCUCAAGCUUUGCACCAUCAGCAUUUCAUGGUCCAGAGGGUGCUCCAGAUUCAUUUUGCAGUAUGCCUGUAUUGAUUUAAAUCCAGCAACGAGAAGCAAGCCAGCAUUGAGACGGAGUGGAUACUGCUGCUUUGGGUUAACCAUGAAGAUGCAAGCUCAGUAUUUCUGAAAUCAAUUGGACCCAUGGGGGGUUCUUUGUAAUCACUGGGGAAAUUCUUUGCAGAGGAAAGAAAAAUUUUGUUAAGCAGGUUUCCAUUCUUUUCAUUAAUCAUUUGGCAACUUUGGAGAUUUGUUUGACUCCUGGCAUAUCGGAGGCAGCUUUGCUCAGUUACGACCGGCGUCAAAAUCCAGGUACUUGAGUUUGGAGCGCACCGUUGAAGACUCCUGGACUAGGGAUUGAUAUCUGCAGCUCCCGGUGGUCCUUUUUCUUCAUUCAAAAGAAGUUCUCUGUUCUGUAAAGGAAAGCUUACUGAGGGAAAAAUGCAGGUCUCCAUAGCAUGCACAGAGCAUAACCUCAAGAACCGGAAUGGGGAAGACAGACUCAUCAGCAAACAGAACACCAGUAACCCUAAUGCUGUCAAUGCCGCCCGAGCAAAAUUCCGGACAGUGGCAAUAAUUGCCCGCAGUUUGGGAACUUUUACCCCUCAGCACCAUAUUUCUUUAAAAGAGUCCACUGCUAAGCAGACUGGCAUGAAAUAUAGAAACCUUGGGAAAUCUGGAUUAAGAGUUUCGUGUUUGGGACUAGGGACAUGGGUCACCUUUGGAGGUCAGAUCUCUGAUGAGAUUGCUGAACGGCUAAUGACGAUUGCCUAUGAGAGUGGAGUAAAUCUGUUUGACACAGCAGAGGUAUAUGCAGCUGGAAAAGCGGAGGUGAUUUUGGGAAACAUAAUAAAAAAGAAAGGUUGGAGGAGGUCAAGUCUAGUCAUUACGACAAAACUCUACUGGGGAGGAAAAGCUGAAACAGAAAGAGGACUCUCAAGAAAACACAUUAUUGAAGGAUUAAAAGCCUCUCUCCAGAGGCUGCAGCUUGAGUACGUGGAUGUCGUUUUUGCAAAUCGACCUGACAAUAAUACUCCAAUGGAAGAAAUUGUCAGAGCGAUGACACAUGUGAUAAAUCAGGGAAUGGCUAUGUACUGGGGAACCUCUCGCUGGAGUGCCAUGGAGAUCAUGGAAGCCUAUUCUGUGGCAAGACAGUUUAAUAUGAUUCCCCCUGUGUGUGAACAAGCUGAAUAUCACCUUUUCCAAAGGGAGAAAGUGGAAGUGCAGUUGCCGGAAUUAUACCACAAAAUAGGCGUUGGAGCAAUGACAUGGUCUCCGCUGGCCUGUGGGAUUAUCUCAGGGAAAUACGCCAAUGGAAUUCCUGAAAGUUCAAGGGCAUCUCUAAAGUGCUACCAGUGGUUGAAGGAGAAGAUUGUGAGUGAGGACGGGAGAAAGCAGCAAACAAAGCUGAAAGAUCUCUUUCCAAUUGCUGAACGCCUUGGAUGCACACUACCUCAGCUAGCCGUUGCAUGGUGUCUACGUAACGAAGGUGUAAGUUCCGUUCUCCUUGGCUCUUCCAACCCCGAUCAACUAAUAGAGAAUCUUGGUGCCAUACAGGUUCUUCCGAAGAUGACAUCCCACAUUGUGAACGAGAUUGAUAAUAUUUUGGGUAACAAACCUUUCAGCAAGAAGGACUACAGAUCCUAAAGCAUUGCAUGAUUAAACCGGACUGCAUGGCUAAAAUAGCACUCUGUACCUUGUACAGUACUGAGUCAAUACUAUCCAGUUACAGUCAGAAUUAUUCAGCAGUCUCUAUGAUUUACUAGAUUAUUCAAGGUGGUAGGCUUCACCAAAAUUCAAAACCAUGGCUGAUCUCCCUAAAUAACCGAGAUCAUCUUUGCUUUUUUCCUCCUUGAAACUCAAGAAUCUGGAUUCAGCUCUGACUCCAUUCAAUGAGCACAACUGAAUGGGACCUUCUCAGGUUCAAACGUCAUUGAAAUGAGUUAAGCAAUGUAGAGCAGACAGUAGCAAUGGCCUCGAUCCAGCUGUGUGCCAAUGACCAGACUUUUUUCUCUUCCUCUUUGCAUCCCCCCCCCCCCCUUCCACAACCCCCUCCUUGCAACACUCAGGAGCAUCGGAAUCUUGUUCGAGGGUUUGCCUGCUUUCUAGAGCAGGUUUUUUAGGAAGAAAGGGGUGGAAUUAUCUCCCCUCCUCUCCCCAAUUCCGCUGGCGGAAGCAGCUCUUUAGCUAUUGGCCUCCGGCUUAUGUAAGGGAACUUCCGAGUAAAUUGCACACCUAUUAGUGGCUCGUUUUUUUCUCUUGAUACUUCUCAUUUAUGCAGUGAAAAUAUACAUGUAAAGAAACAAUACAAGAUUUCUAAGCUUUAGGUACUUGGAAAUCAAAAGAGGGAUGUACAGAUAUAUUUUUUCAGUGAACAAAAAGCCAGAAACUGUUUAAAAGGCUUAGGGUAAAAUAAAAUUGCAAUUUCUAGUGUAAAGAAUCUUCGAGCUUUAUCUGAAGGAUGUGCAAGUUCUAAUUUUUGUUGGUUUUCCCAUUUGUAUUUUUAUGCUGAAUUCUAAAUGACUAGUCUUGUUUGCACUCCAGCUGAAAAAGGGCUUUCCAUUUAGAAGCAAGGUUUGGGUCCAUGUCCAUAGGUUAUUUCAGGAUUUUAUAUUUAAGUAGCAGUUGGAGAAGUGAGGUUGUAUGCUACCAAGGAUUGUGCUACCAAGCAAGAAAAUCCUAGAGUUAGAUAGAGCUAAUUUCCAGAUAAUAUUAGCUUGCAGACAAAAUCAGUCUUGUUCUUCUUGAUCAAAUAUACCUAUUUUGGUUUUUCAGCUGAAUAAACUAAUGAACAUCCAUUGCAUUCCUAUUACAAUAAGACUUUAAAACUUUGGCUGGAUUGUAUCUAGCAUCUACUGUGCAAUUGUUUUAAGACAGAGGCUGCAAUCUCAUUAUUUUUCCUGAUGCUACACACAGCGCAAAUAAAAACCUCCACUGCAUCAAGAUGACUAACAUCAGGUUGAAAGAGUCAUCAAAUCUGGUAGGCUGAACUUGAACAAGAAUUACUCCUGCCAUCUUUCAGUGUUCUUUUACUUUAACUUAGUUUUCCUUUGGUGGUUUGUAGACAGAGAUAGUGCAGCUUCCAUUUGUUAAAUUUAACUAAUAUAAUGUAUUAUAAUUGUAUAUAAUGUGCAGAGUUGUAAAAUUUCCAAAGAGCAGAUAUGCACAAAUGAGAAAGGUGUGUGUUCUCCUCUUCACACCUUUAUGCAGGUAUCAGUUGUACACUUCAAUUGUGUGGGUUUCAGAAAGCCAAUUUGUGAAUAAUUCAUCAUAAUUGAAUGAAAUCUCAGCGAAGAUUUUUAUCCAGUCUUUCUCCUCCUCGUCAUUGGUAAACUUUUUAUGAUCACGGCAGCAGUGAGUCCUGCUUGGUCACAGCUCAUAACAUAUGACCACUGUGGUUUUCAGCUACCCUGUGCUGGCUGAUAAGGAUUCACUGCUACUAAGCUGUCCAUACCAGAGGUGUGCCAUGAAGUCUCGUUAGCUUUCUUGCACACUCUAACAUGCCAAAAGCUUUUGCAGGGAACAAAUGGGUAUAGCAAUCAGUGUUGUGAUGAGCAGGUGAUCUCUACUAGCUACAACCCCCAAGAUGAAUCCAAAAUUAUUAUUUUGUUUAGUAUCAGGAGCAACUUGAGUCGCUUCUGGAGAGAAUUGGCCGUCUACAAGGAUGUUGCCCAGGGGACGCCUGGAUGUUUUUACCAUCCUUGUGGGAGGCUUCUCUCAUGUCCCCGCAUGGAGCUAGAGUUGAUAGAGGGAGCUCAUCCGCACUCUCCCCGGGUGGGAUUCGAACCUGGCAGCUUUCAGGUCAGCAACCCAACCUUCAAGUCACAAGGCUUUAGUCCACUACACCAUCGGGGGCUCCAUCCAAAAUUAUGAACUUUGUUCAUACACAUCAACAGAUCAGUUCUAUCACUAUGUCUCCCCUUUGUAAAGCUAAUAGCUUUUUGUUGUCCAUUUGAGCAUUCACACACACACACACACACACACACACACACCCUUCCCAUGCAUCAUAUGACAGGGAAGAAUAUAUUGCAGCUAGGGAAAUCCAUCCUUCCCCAGGUGAAAAUUGGAGUUAAAUUCAUCAAGGCCACAAAAUCUGGAAAGAAACAUUGUUCCUACUAGUUUUGCCCCUGUAUCUUGCUGCCUCUACAACAUUCCUCUAUAUUGAUAUUCCUGUCCUUUUGCAGCAGUAGGGCUAGAAGCCAGAAAAUACUGCAUGAAAACUGCUAGCUCUGUUCUGUGGAUUUGUUAACAUUCGCAGUGAAUAUGAUGCACUUCAGUUUACACAGGCUGCAGUUCCAGCUCCUGAUUAAAAAUAGUAAUAUACAGAGCAUAAGCAUAGUGCAGAUAGCUCUCUCCAAAUUUGGAAUGUGACCUCCCAUCAGCCACAGCUAUCACGGCCUAUACUGAGGAACACUGGAAGUUAUAGUCCAAAAGAGAAGGAAAAGACUAGAGAAAAUUGCUGCAUGUCAUUGUGGUAAGCAUAUAUGGUGCAUUCCCAUGUGAGCUUCUCUUGAUUCACAUGGGUCUCUACCAUUGCAUGCAUAUAAUUUUUAUGCAUUUUGUGAGCCAGCAUGGUGUAGUGGUUUGACUAUUGGAUCAUGAAUCUGGAGACCACAGUUUUAAUAUUUGCUCAGUAAUGGAAACCCACUGGAUGACCAUAUGCAAGUUAUGCUCGCUCAGCCUAAAAGGAAGGCAAAGGUAUUGCCCCGCUGAGCAAAUCUUGCCCCCAAAAAACCCUACAUGCUAUCUUAGCCUUAGGGUCAACAUGUCAGAAACAACAUGGGAGUAUUACAAGGUCCAGGUCAGUCUAGUCAAAUGAUCCAGCAUGUUGAAUAUCUUCAACUGCACAUAGCAUAGCCUCUUCUUGCUUUAAUGCAUCAGUUCCCCUUGCUGGCUAAGACAAAUAGCAGGGCUCCUUGUACACAAAGGUUCCUAGUUCCCCCUUGUGGAAGAAAAUCCACUAUGCCACUAUUUUAUGACCAUGCUCCUUAUGCUACUCAUAUGGUCUCAGGAUCAGCCCAUACUUCCUUCCUGUUUUCCGCUGUUUGUUUCAAUGGCAAUAAUCACACAAUGUGAAUCCUUUACCAAAGAUUUCUCCCGCCAAUGAAAUAAACAGAGCAACAUGUACAUGGAAGGUAUUCUUUCUUUUUAGUAAGCAGUAAAGUAGUACCUGAACACACAGGGCUCAAUUGUUGAUUCUGAAACACAACCCCUCUAUUUCACUCAUUCCCUACAAUUGCAACUUUCAUGAACAGAGCUUACUACAGAAGGCGCUGGAAUCUUAAGGAAUAGUUCUCUCUUUUCCCCUUCUAUUGUGUUUAAUCAAAUCAGUGAUCUGUAUAAAUGAAUUCAGCAGCUGUAUACUAGAUUCUGCUUUCUAUCUGCUUGGACAUAAUAAAGGCAAUUUGUGCACCUAAA